GUUUCUUUAAGACGGUGGUCUAGUUCUAAAAUCGUAAACGACGAUGGCGAGUGACAAGUCGGUGCUGGCGGUGAUCAGGGCUGCGAGGCCAACCUUCCGCAACCAAAACGACAAAAUUGCCUUUGCCGUUCACUCCUCCUUCCUCGCUUCCGGCUAUAUCCUCAUCGCCACGGGCCCCGAGGCCCUCUCCGACAAUGCGUUUUCAAUCUCCUCCAAUGAUGAGGUAUCCGUUGAUCACUGGAACGAGCUAAACGAUGAGUAUGCGUUCGUUUACACAAACCCAGAAAAGGGUUCGAAGAAAGUGCUUGUCAAGUGCCUCGUGAUGAACGAGAAGUUGCUCGUUCAUGCUUUGUCUGAAGGGUCUUCGGAGCCUCUACACCUUGAGAUUAAUGUUGGAGACUAUGCUGGAGAGGAUGGGAGCAGCAAUUAUUCUCAGCAGUUCAAGAAUUUGGAGAAGCUUGUGAAGAGUAUGGAUGGGGAUAUCUUGUCUAAAUUAGAUGGUUCUGCCAAUGCCAGCUCGUCAAGUAAUAGCUCAGAAACAAGUGACAGAACAAGGCAAGGGAUAUAUAGGCCUGGUGCUGCAUUUGGUGAACCCGCUGGUCCUCCAAAUCAUCCUUCUGGAAUUAUUUUCCCUCCAGUUCCCAUUGGUUCUGGUAGUGAUCUUGUUCCUGGGCCUGCUGCGGGAGUGUAUCCUUCAAGGGGUGAUCAUGGCUUUGGUGGGAGCAUGCUUGUAGGGCCUAAUGACCCCCGUUGGUUUGGUGGUGGUAUUGGUGGAGAGCCUGCUUUUCCUGGAGGAUUGCCGGGUGUUCCUCCGGGUGCUCGAUUUGAUCCCUAUGGUCCGCCUGGUGUUCCUGGUUUUGAACCCAACAGAUUUGCAAGGAAUCCUCGGAGGCCAGGAUAUGACCCUCAUCCAGAUUUGCAACAUUUCCGGAGAGAUGGUGACUCAGAUUACAUAUAGUUGUAAUGAUAUCACCACCUUGCUUUCCUUCCCCUGUUCUGUCAAUAUUCCCUUUUCUCGGGGAAAAAUAAUGAACAUUGAGCAAGUUCUGCUCAAUCAUAUUGUUCUUGGUGUUAUGCAUCACUACGUGCUCCCUGGAGAAGUGGAUUUGGAUCAUGUAAAUGUCCUCAAGAUAUUGUUGUAAACUUAGAAGUGAAAAUACCAAAAUGCUAUGCACAUGGAGUGGUUUUGAGUUGCCCUUGCUAAGGUUUUUCAUUUUUGUCACCUCUUGAAUCUAAUGUGUUAAUAAGUUCUCCCUGCGUAUCUGAGGAUUAUUAGUUUGAUGAUUGCUGAUAUGUUAAUCGGAUGAUUGUAAAUUUGUAAAAAAAAAAAAUGUAUUUAGUAUAUAUUUGGAUCAGU